AUGAAUGAACAUUGCAGGAAUGACAUAUACAACCUAUGCUCACGAAAGCCUUACACAAAAGCAAUACAAAUGAUAGAACAUAAGCGUCUAAGGUCAGCAAAUGAAAUCAUUACUGUCAGUGGUUAUGAAAGAACUGUUAGCAAAGAUGAGUGGAAACAGCUAUUCAUAUUAAGGAAGGACGUUGCUGAACUAGUUAAACCUGUUGCACAAACAUUGUUUCAGAUAAGACCAGCAAUGACUAAGAACCCUUUGACCUUAGUCAAUGAGACCAUAGAGGUUGAAGAUAAUGACAUGAAAGAACUAGGAAUGAAUGAGAGAAGUUGUGAAGGAUGUUUGAGUCAAAACACAUGGUUCUUCAGAGCUGUUAAGAAACUUAGUAAAGAACGACAGAAAUAUUUUAUAGAGAAGUAUUGCAAAGGAUGUGUAAAUGAAUUGCUUGAAAUAGAACUUAGAGACACUUUCACACUAAAGGACUUGAGGAAAAAUAAGUACAUGAGUGAAGAAGGUAUUGACAUAGCUAGUGUUAUAAAUGACUUAAGAAGAUGUGUUGUUGUUAUUGACGGAGCACGUAUGACAUAUCUAGUGAAAGAUUAUGAUGGAAUACGAGACACAACAACACUUGUGUCAGUAGAUAGCAAGGAAUUCAAUAAGCUCAUGAAGAGUAUUUAUGUAGGACGUAUUGAGGAGAAGGAUGUGAACGCACUGAUGAUUUAUGAAGCGGGUCAGAACAAGAACUAUCUUAUGAAGUCAGGCAUGAGAUUCUUUGACGAAAGAGAUGACAUUUACAGCUAUUUCAGAGGAUAUGAGUAUGAGGUACUGAAUGAAGUAGAUGAGAACGUUAUUGAAGGAUAUUUGAAACAUGUUCACGAUGUCAUAUGUAAUGAGGAUGAAGAGCUUUAUGAGUAUGUUUUGAACUGGUUCGCCUACAUCGUUCAAAAUCCUUGUGGAAAGACUGGAACAGUACUUUUGUUAAUAGGAAAGCAAGGAACUGGUAAGAAUGUACUUAGUAAUGUUCUAUGCGAGCUCAUUAGCAAGUACGCCAACAAUAAUAUAACGGC